UUAUCAAACGUUUCAUCUCCCAGGCUCACAUAUUUAAGGCUUUCCUAGGAGUUUUAAGCCUUUCCAGGGGUAGAUGUGUGACCCUGGUGGUAGUUUAACCCUUCUUCUAUAAAAUGGACCGAAGAAAACACUCAUAAGAACACGAUCAUCUCCUCUAUGGGCUUCGGAAGUAGUGGAUGUGAAAAUUGGCACACAUAUUUAAGGCUUUCCUAGGAGUUUUAAGCCUUUCCAGGGGUAGAUGUGUGACCCUGGUGGUAGUUUAACCCUUCCUCUGUAAAAUGGACUUCAGGAAACACUCAUAAGAACACGAUUGUCUCCUCUAUGGGCUUCGGAAGUAGUGGAUGUGAAAAUUGUUAAAGGUGGAAGUUGAUUUUGUUAGCAUGUGGUUAAGAAAAUACAGAUAAUUAAACGAUACCAAGGAACCAAGACGUCAAAUAAGGAGCCCAGAAGUUAUAUAAGGUGUUAGAAGGCUGAGGAAGAAGAGGACGUGGGUGUGUGGCCCUCCUGCUGCCCUGAAACUGAGGAAAACAAGAAGAAAAAAAGGAAGAAGAAAAGCAUGGAUCAUCAACAGCAUCAGGAGUUGGCGCAGCAGCUUGCCUUGGGGGGCGCCACGCUGGUCCUCCUGGGCAUGCCACCGGGGACGGAGUUUGGCAUCGACCUCAAGUCUUGGAACGUAGGCGAGAGAUUCCGAGGGGUCAAAAUGAUACCACCUGGGCUGCACUUUGUCUACUUCAGUGCUGUGAGCCGGCAAGGGGACACGGCGCCUCGGACAGGGUUCUUCCACAUCUUUGGGGCACGGGAGGUCUUGGUGAGGCACUACGACCCGGCUGCCGAGGAUCUGACGACCCAGGAGGCCAGCGAGGAGGAGGUGGAGCGCAUCCGUUCGAACCUCCGCGAGAUGGACCGCUUCCUGGGGCCGUAUCCGUUGGACUUGUGGCAGAAGUGGAUAGCCCUGACCCAGCACGUGGAGGAGAGGGACCUGGCGCGCGUGGUUCCCUUAUCUGGGCGAGUGUGUUCGGCCGCUGAGCUGAUCCCUGUCGCUCCCUUCGUGUCCUCUAAGUCUGCACGACAGACAACCACCACCACCACCACCACCACAGACACCACCACCACCACCACCUCCUCCCCUGACUCCACCACCACCACAGACACACCCACUCCCACAGACACCCCCACACCCCCGACACCCAGCCCCCGCACUGCCCCACAGCUGCCGGAGAUGGUGUUCAAGGAGGGCACGGAGUUUCGGUACAGCAGCGCACCGAAACGCUCCUAUAGGGACGGUGCGGACCCCAGCGAGGUGACGCGGUACAGCCUGGACUCGUCUUACAGCAUACGCCACAGGAUACAGCAGCUGGACAGACCGGAGAGCUUGCUGGCGGAGUUCCAGGUGGCCUUCGUAAGCUUCUUGGUGGGGCAGGUGUGGGGUGGAUGGGAGCACUGGCGGAUCCUGAUUGGAGAGCUGUGCCGAGCGGAGGAGGUGCUGGUGGAGUUGCCGAACCUCUACGUCAAGUUGCUGUCUGCGCUCCACUACCAGGUCAACGAGAUACCCGAGGACCUGUUUGUGGACAUCGUGGAGGCGAACAACUUCCUGGCAGCCGCCCUCGCCACACUCUUCGCCAAUGUGAACGACAACGCAGCCGCCCUCCCCCCCGCCCUCGCCCUCAAGGCCCGCCGGUUCAAGCAGCACAUCACCGCCAAGUUCGGGUGGGACCUGAGCCUGGAGGAUGAGGGGGAGGAUGCGCCGGUGGUGGUGGAGGUGUGAGGUCUCCGUCAACACACCAGCUUGGGACGAGAGUGGAGGCGUUGGUAGACUUUGUGCAUCUAGAUCUUGGCCCAGCAUGAUUGUACGGGAGUUAUCGAAGAAGCUACAGGAAGGAAGACACAGUAAGAGAGGAGAGAGGACAGCAGUGUGAUUGAGUACUGGAAACAUUUAAGAAGAGGAGAGAAGAAAGGAAAACAGCAAGAUUGAGCACUGGGGAUAUCAAGGAAGCUACAGGAAAGGGGACAAAGUAGAAGGAGAGAAGAGGAGAGGAGCAAGAUUGGGUACUGGGGAUAUCAAGGAAGCUACAGGAAAGGGGACAAAGUAGAAGGAGAGAAGAGGAGAGGAGCAAGAUUGGGUACUGGGGAUAUCAAGGAAGCUACAGGAAAGGGGACAAAGUAGAAGGAGAGAAGAGGAGAGGAGCAAGAUUGGGUACUGGGGAUAUCAAGGAAGCUACAGGAAAGGGGACAAAGUAGAAGGAGAGAAGAGGAGAAGCAAGAUUGGGUACUGGGGAUAUCAAGGAAGCUACAGGAAAGGGGACAAAGUAGAAGGAGAGAAGAGGAGAGGAGCAAGAUUGGGUACUGGGGAUAUCAAGGAAGCUACAGGAAGGAAGACACAGUGAGAGAGGAGAGUAACAAGCAGUAUUUGGGUCAAGGAGGCAGUUUUUGGGGUCGGAAAUCGGCAAACUUGGGAGGCCGAGUACGACAAUCUGGCAACGUUGGCUCAGUACUCAUUGCCUCGGGUCACCCCUCACACAAGGCAGACGAUAAGGGUCGGCCCCACUAGACCCAGCAGUGUUAGGAUUCUUAUGUUUGCUAAAAGGGACAGAACGAAAGAUUGAAAUUUUGAUGAUUAUGUAACAUUUCAGAGGUGCUCCUUCACAUACGUCAUGACUUGCAUUUGAGAUUUUGACCGUGUGUGUGAGUUCUAGGUUGGUAUUUUAAGACACUUUUGCUUCUCACAUCAGCUAUUUCUGAAGGUCAAAGAGGGGGUCAGUUGGGCUCUAAUGAGUGUUUCUUCAGGUUCACGGUACAGAAGAAGGGUCAUACUACCACCAGGGUCAUAAAACUACUACUGUAAAUACCCACAACUCCUACGAAAGCCUUGUCAAAUGUGUGUUCUUGGGCAGUGAAAUGUCUUAUAAUACGACCCUAGUUUUACCCUUUACCCCCUCCGCACCUCAACACUUCUAUACUUACACCUCCCAUUGCCCACAGCCUCGCCAUACCCAUGAUUACCCACGCCCAUGUCACACCUUAUCUUUUGGGCCUUACCGUUUACAAUCUUAGUCUAGUGGUGCCAACCCUAACUGUCUGUCUUGUAUGAGGGGUGCGUCAAGGCAAAGAGUAUAUCGUCACCCUCAUACAAUAAUCGCCUGAGUCAUUUUUCAGCGAUUUCCAGGUUUUUGUUUACAUCGAUUUUUCAUCAUGUGACGCCCAUUUUUGUAUAGUUGCCUUCGUUAUUCAGGGUUUGAGAGUGUUCUAGAAUUGGGGCCUUUUCAUUUCUGCCUAAAUCUUAAGCCGAAUGAGAUAAUGACAGUUCUUUUCUGAUUUCCUGAGAAGCAGAAAAUAAUGGCGGUUUGUUUACGAAGGUGACGAUAGACGAGUGCAGCGGGAGUGUGUGUUUGAGGGACAUAUAACCACAGUGACAGCCAGAGAGGAAGAAGGACCCAGUUAGAAGUGGCCUGUCUCACACUGUUGACAUGCCACUGGAACGCUUUACUUGAGGACUAUAUUACUGUAGCAGAAGUAGUAGUAGUAGUAGUCUCUCUCUCUCAGCCACAGCACACAGGAGCCCACAGGAUGUCACCCCCCAGCCACAUAUAUAGUCUCUCUCUCUCUCUCUCUCUCUCUCUCUCUCUCUCUCUCUCUCUCUCUCUCUCUCUCUCUCUCUCUCUCUCUCUCUCUCUC